CAUGCGGGCGCUCCCGAUUUCCGUGCCACCUAGAUGAUAAGGUUAAUCGUCAUCAUCACUUAUAAGAACCACCAACACCGUCAAUAUCAUCAUCAAUAUCAUCAAAUAUUCCCAUGGCCAUCAUCACCACCAUCAUCAUGUUCUGCGCCCCACACUCGUAACCAAGCACGCGCAACAGAAUCCAGACCCCCACGCAGCCAGCAGCAUCCCAGCUCCCGAGAGCAAAAGGGCUGAAAAGGCAGAGUCCAGACCUCCAGCCGCCCACGAAACCGACGACGACAGUCAAACCGCCACCACAGCCCCGGGCAGCCCUGCGCGCCUGUUGUCGCGCCCACGU